UUCUCCUCUAUUAAAUUCCAUCGAAAUAUAUUUUUAUAAGUGAGUGUGGCAUGCCCACAUGUGAUUGUGAAGUAGAAAAACAAGAAAUUCCAAAUCUGAUUAAGCACCUUAACACUAGUGGAUAUAAUUCCUUUCUUGAAAGGCACACAAAUAAAUAUGGUGAAAGCUGAAUGAAAAUGAUCAUGUGAAGCAAGUUAUUCUUAAUCCAAAUAGAAGUACAAGACCAAUGGGUCAGAUGGUAUAUAUAGAUGAGAAGGGAAGCAAAUUAAAGCAAAAGGGAGGAGGGCAUGAAAUGAAAUAGAGAGUGAUAAAAAUAGAAUUGUUGAAAGAAAGAAAAGAAUGUUUAACUGGGGAUCAGUGGUUGUGACAGUGAUGUUGUUCGUGCUGUUGACACCGGGAUUGCUAUUUCAGGUGCCAGGACGUUCAAGGUGCAUUGAGUUUGGAAACUUUCAGACAAGUGCUGCUGCUAUCGUUCUUCAUUCUCUCCUUUACUUUGCUCUCGUUUGCCUUUUUUUGAUUGCCAUUAAGCUCCACUUUUACUUAGGCUAGCUAAUCAUCUUUAAUGGCCCCUUAAGUACGUGGGACCUUUUCUUAACAUCAUUGUUCCUUCAAUAUCCAUCAUUUGAUCUGUACCCUCUAAUAUUAAAAAUAAUUAUUUAAUUUUCUCUCUUUUA